GUGAGUCCCGGGCGGGUGUCACGGGAACGCUGCCGGGCGGCCGGCUGUUCUUUCUGAGUUUGGUCCUUAGUGGGCCAUGGCCAACGUCUCUAAGAAGGUGUCUUGGUCCGGCCGAGACCGCGAUGAGGAGGAGGCGGCGCCGCUUCUUCGAAGGACCGGGCAGCCCGACGAGGAGACGCCGCUGCUGAACGGAGCCGGGCCGGCCGCGCGCCAGUCUCAUCCUUCAUUUUUCCGGAUUGGACAGAUGAACAAUGUGGAGCUGGACGAUGAACUGUUGGACCCGGAUGUGGACCCUCCUCACACCUUCCCCAAGGAGAUUCCACACAAUGAGAAGCUUCUUUCCCUCAAGUAUGAGAGCCUGGACUAUGACAAUAGCGAGAACCAGCUCUUCUUGGAGGAGGAGAGACGAAUCAACCACACGGCUUUCCGGACGGUGGAGAUCAAGCGCUGGGUUAUCUGUGCCCUCAUUGGAAUCCUCACAGGCCUAGUAGCCUGCUUCAUUGACAUUGUAGUAGAGAACCUGGCAGGCCUCAAGUACAGAGUCAUCAAGGACAACAUCGACAAGUUCACAGAGAAGGGUGGCCUGUCCUUCUCCCUCCUGUUAUGGGCCACGCUGAACUCUGCCUUCGUGCUCGUGGGGUCUGUGAUUGUGGCCUUCAUAGAGCCAGUUGCUGCUGGCAGUGGAAUCCCUCAGAUCAAGUGCUUCCUCAACGGGGUGAAGAUCCCCCAUGUGGUACGGCUCAAGACGCUGGUGAUCAAGGUGUCCGGUGUGAUUCUGUCUGUUGUAGGGGGACUGGCUGUGGGAAAGGAAGGACCAAUGAUCCACUCAGGUUCAGUGAUUGCUGCUGGGAUUUCACAGGGAAGGUCGACAUCACUCAAGCGAGAUUUCAAGAUCUUUGAAUACUUCCGCAGAGACACAGAGAAGAGGGACUUUGUCUCUGCUGGAGCUGCAGCUGGAGUGUCUGCUGCAUUCGGAGCCCCUGUGGGUGGGGUCCUAUUCAGCUUGGAAGAGGGCGCCUCCUUCUGGAAUCAGUUCCUGACGUGGAGAAUUUUCUUUGCUUCCAUGAUUUCGACCUUUACACUGAAUUUUGUUCUGAGCAUCUACCAUGGAAACAUGUGGGAUUUGUCCAGCCCUGGCCUCAUAAAUUUUGGAAGAUUCGACUCAGAGAAAAUGGCUUACACCAUCCAUGAGAUUCCUGUCUUCAUCGCCAUGGGUGUAGUGGGUGGCAUUCUUGGAGCUGUGUUCAAUGCUUUGAAUUACUGGCUAACCAUGUUUCGAAUCAGGUAUAUCCACCGGCCCUGCCUCCAAGUGAUUGAGGCCAUGCUGGUGGCUGCUGUCACAGCCACAGUUGCGUUCGUUUUGAUAUACUCGUCUCGAGAUUGCCAACCUCUGCAGGGGAGCUCCAUGUCCUACCCACUCCAGCUCUUCUGUGCAGAUGGCGAGUACAACUCCAUGGCUGCAGCCUUCUUUAACACCCCCGAGAAAAGCGUUGUCAGCCUGUUCCAUGACCCACCAGGCUCCUACAAUCCCAUGACUCUAGGCCUAUUCACCCUGGUCUACUUCUUCCUGGCCUGCUGGACCUAUGGCCUCACAGUAUCUGCUGGUGUCUUCAUCCCGUCCCUGCUCAUUGGGGCUGCCUGGGGCCGACUGUUUGGCAUCUCCCUGUCCUACCUCACAGGGGCAGCGAUCUGGGCAGACCCGGGUAAAUACGCCCUGAUGGGAGCUGCUGCUCAGCUUGGUGGGAUCGUGAGAAUGACCCUUAGUCUGACAGUCAUCAUGAUGGAGGCCACCAGCAACGUGACCUACGGCUUUCCCAUCAUGCUGGUGCUGAUGACUGCCAAGAUUGUGGGCGAUGUCUUCAUUGAGGGCCUCUAUGACAUGCACAUCCAGCUGCAAAGUGUGCCCUUCUUGCACUGGGAGGCCCCGGUCACUUCACACUCGCUCACUGCCAGGGAAGUAAUGAGCACACCUGUAACCUGCCUGAGGAGGAGAGAGAAGGUUGGCGUCAUCGUGGAUAUCCUAAGCGACACAGCAUCCAACCACAAUGGGUUCCCUGUGGUGGAGGAUGUGGGAGACACGCAGCCAGCCAGGCUCCAAGGCUUGAUCCUGCGUUCCCAGCUCAUCGUGCUCCUGAAGCACAAGGUGUUUGUGGAGAGGUCCAACAUGGGUUUGGUGCAGCGGCGGCUGAGGCUGAAGGACUUCCGGGAUGCCUACCCACGUUUCCCCCCAAUCCAGUCUAUCCACGUAUCCCAGGAUGAGCGCGAGUGCACCAUGGACCUUUCUGAAUUCAUGAACCCCUCUCCCUACACUGUGCCUCAGGAGGCGUCUCUUCCUCGAGUGUUCAAGCUGUUCCGGGCUCUGGGCCUGAGGCACCUGGUGGUAGUAGACAACCAUAAUCAGGUGGUCGGGCUGGUAACCAGGAAGGACCUAGCAAGAUACCGCCUAGGGAAGGGAGGCCUUGAAGAGCUUUCGCUGGCCCAGACGUGAGGGUUGGCUCCACCCAUGUGCAGUGGCACCCCAGUUCCUCUGCACCUCCUCCCAGGGUCCCUGGUUUCAGCCAAAGCCUUGCCCCCUGGGCAGUGCAGCAGCAGGAGCAGAUGCCCUCCUUGGACCUGGCUGGUGUGGAGGCCAGACCCUUUGUGUUGGGCAGUGGUUUACAUUAUCAGCACUUUCCCUGUUCCCUGACCCCUUUGCCCCUCAGACUUGCCCCCUCCUGGUUCCUUCUCCAGGGAUGAAAUGUGUGAGAUAGCACCCUUUGUGGCUCACUUCUGAGAGCCAAUAAAGGUUGUCGUGUGUGUGUGUGUGUGUGUGUGUGUGUGUGUGUGUGUGUG